GACAAUUUGUUGUUGACAAAGAACAGCUGGACAUUUAAAGGGCCCCAUUACCUUCAGUAGCUUCUGGCCUCAUCAAACCUAAAUCCGGCCCUGCCCCUGUUAAACAAUAAAUACAAUCUUUGACCUUUUAAACUUUGGGUUGGCGGGUCAUUGCUUACUAUGCUAUGUAUAUAUUUUCGUGGUAUUAUAUUGUAAAAUCUUUGGAGGAAAGGCGGAGCAGAAAUUUAAUACAUGCCGCCCUGCGCUCCUUAAGGGAUGCAAAUGUAAGAAAGACAAGUGGUGCAAUCAAAGCGCAUUUAAGCACCACCAUCAGGCAUAUCUUCAUGGGUGUGAGCCAUUUCCUGAAAAGUCCAAGUUUUCUGUCCCCUCGCGGCACUUUCCCCCUUCGCUUCAGCGCCACGCCCCCUUCAGACUAUUUGGCGUCUCGCUCGUCUCCGCCUUGUGCUGCGUCUUCGCUUUCGCUUUCGCCCGUCUCCUCCUUUCCGUUCCUCCUCGGUUUGCAAGGAUCCAGGCUGCGGCGACAGAAGGGAUCCUCCGUCUUUGGACCCCAACUUGACCUCUACCGCGGCGAGGCGGAACUCUCUUUCUUCCGCGCUGCCCAGACCGCGCAUUUUGCGCGCAAGGAGGCGCACCCAUGGCCGCCGCCGCCGCCGCCGGGGACCCCUCCAAAACUCUCCAGGACGAAGCGACCUGCUCCAUCUGCUUGGAUUACUUCUGCGACCCGGUGAUGAUCAUCGCUUGCGGGCACAGCUUUUGCCGAGCCUGCAUCGCCCAGUGCCCGGAGGGGCCGAGCAGCGACCUCUCCUCUUGCCCCCAGUGCAGGAUCGCUUUCCCCCGGGGCCACCUCCGGCGCAACAGGCACUUGGCGAAUAUGGCCGAAGCGAUCCAGCGCCUCCGCCUGCAGAGCCUCCGCCUGGCCGAAGGGGAGCCCAAGGAGAAAGUGCCGAAGUUGUGCGGGAAGCACUACGAAGCCCUCCGGCUCUUCUGCCUAGAGGACCGCGCCUUCAUCUGCUUGGUCUGCAGGGAAUCCCGGGCGCACAAAGCGCACGUCGCCCUCCCCAUCGACGAGGCUGCCCAGGAUGCUAAGGUAAGCGAAAUCGACCCCUCGUUUUGGGAGAAUUUGGAGCAGGAAGAGGAUGGGAAAAGGGUGACUCAGGAAUAGGCAAAUUCGGCCCUCCAGAUGUUUUGGGACUACAACUCCCAUCAUCCUUAGCUAACUGGACCAGUGGUCAGGGAUGAUGUGAAUUGUAGUCCCAAAACAUCUGGAGGGCCGAGGUUGUCUAUGCCUGCUCCAGAUCUUCAAAUGCCACCAUCCCCAGGAUUUUAUUUGCAGUUUUACUUGUAUACUACUCUGAGAGCUCUUUAGUGAAAAAGCGGCUUCUAAAUCUUUUAAUUAAUAGUAUAUGCGCUGAAUGCCUUUUUUUUUCCUUUUAGGAUAACCUCCAAAGCUGCCUAACAACCUUGAAGAAGGAGAGAGAUGAAUUUUUGAAGGGGAAAUGGUGCAGUGAGACAGAAAUUCAGGAAAUGAAGGUAGGCAGGCUCCCAGUUUGCCAUCCACUGAACGCAGCUGCCUCCUUUUUCUGGACUGCAGCUCCUCUCAGGCCCAUUAGAGGAGAAGUUGUUGUUGGGGCAUUCCAUGUCAGUUCUGUUAGUUUCUGUUUCUCACUGAGCAGCUGCUUGCAGUCACAGGACUAUGUUUUCAUUCCACAGUCCAGAUACUGUUGGAGUCUCACGGGAAAGGGAGACGGGAUGUUACUGGUUUCCUGUUUCCUUUGUUCUUUGAUUCCUUUGUUCUGUUGCUCUCUGCUUCUCAUAGAGAGAACAUGUAUAUUUCUUUGCUCUCUGCAUAGCUUAGUAAUAAAGUAUAGCAAUGUAGCCCAUACCGAUCUCAUCCUUCCGCUGUGGAGUUGUUUUAAUGCUCUGCUAGGCUCAAAGGAAGAUGAGCCUUAUCAGCUCAGACGACCGGAGCUGAAAUUCCAAUAAGUUCAACGUUGUCAUGUCACCCACCGCCUCGGAUUUUGUUGAAACUUGGUGUACACCCUUCCCUUAUGGUUGAAAAAACAACAACCCUUAAUUUCCCCCCUCUAUCUCAAAUGGUUUUAAUUUUAUAGCACUUGAAAGUUUCAUGAAAUCUGUGUUUCUGUCCCUCUUGAGAUCCUCUGUAUUAUGUGCAUUUUAUUUUUUUCCUCCAUAACCAAUGAUCAGAUCUCUUUGAAAUUUUACACAGAGAUCAAUAACAUGAUGAGGAUUUCAGGAAAAAAUACACCAGCACUCAAACGAUUCUAUAAAUGCCUAAAAAAAUGUAUAAAUGUAGCUUUUGGGUGGAAAAACUAGGUUUAGAAAACCUAAAUUUUUAGCGUUAGGGCACAAUGCAAUCAGAAGUUUUUGAUGGUGAAAAUUAUUGCAAAGACAUGCUCUUUCUCAACAAAGAAUAAAAUAUAUGGGUCUCUUAUGUCUUGUAACAAAAUUUUAUGUUUUUUGGACAUCGUGGGGGGGGGGAAAUCAACUGGGUACAACUUUCCUACAAUACAUAGCUGUAAAAGAAAAAAAUAAUGAAACAAAGUUCAUCUUAGAAUCUAAAAUAAUAUUGGUUAUUACAGGGUUGUUGUUUUUUCAAAAGUGCAGGCUUGUUUUUCAGUUUGGGGGGUAUUUAAAACUAUGAAAAUUGGCUAUAUCGUGAAAUCAAUCUAAAAACAACAAAACACAGCUAAAUGCAGAUAGGUCCAUACAACAUAAGCUGAAGUGUAUCAAGGCAUCUACAAAAUGCUUUCGUAACAUUUAAGAUAUAGAGAUGGAUGAACACAGGAUUUCAGAAGUGAAUAUGGUUACAUUAUAGAUUUCUGGAGUGAAAUGUGUAGCUAAAGACCUUUCGAAUAAAAUAUUGGAGGUGGGGACAGGUAAGCCCCGCCCCACAUAACUGAUCACAUGAUGCAGUGCACACACAACCAUUUGAAUGGCAGGGCCCAUCAACUUUUUUGAAAACCCUUAGGAGUUGGCACCUCCUAUGUAUUGUGUUUUUAAUAUUUGAUUGGGAGCCAAUCAAACAAUAAUAAACUAUUGUUGUUGUUAUUAUUAUUAUUAUUACUAGUACAAUGGUACCUUGGGUUACAUACGCUUCAGGUUACAGACUCCGCUAACCCAGAAAUAGUACCUCGGGUUAAGAACUUUGCUUCAGGAUGAGAACAGAAAUUGUGCUCCGGCAGUGCGGCGGCAGUGGGAGGCCCCAUUAGCUAAAGUGGUACCUCAGGUUAAGAACAGUUUCAGGUUAAGAACGGACCUCCGGAACGAAUUAAGUACUUAAGUCAAGGUACCACUGUAUAGCUUAGCUGAAGGUAUCAGAUCAGAUAGUGGGACAAGGUUGGAAAUACUUGGAUUGCAAAACAGGAGGAAGUAAUGUUCUUGUCCAGGUCAGUAAUAGCAAAGAAGUGGGUGAAAAGGUUAUUGCCAGGAGAAUGGUGAUGGGUUUGGGAAUGAAUCAGAAAGAGAUGACCCCAAGCUGGCUGCUGGGAGUGUGCAUUCUAUUCUCACAGUGACCAAACAGAUGCCUUUGGGAAGCCCCCCCCCCCAAAAGCACUGGAGGAAAAUGUCCACCCUACUGACCUUUGCAUUAGGUUACACCUCCUGCUUGUUAUGGUGGAAUGAAUAAGCCCUGAUGAAACUAAGCACAACUUGCUCUUUCCCCCUGUUUGAGCCUGUUUCCCUGGGGAUGGAAUCACAACAGCACACUGAAUUCGGUCUCUCUUGUCCUCUGCUCUUUGCAGAAACGCGUGGAAAGCAUCAGGAAUCAAGCUGCGGGAAAGUGGGAACUGCUCAAUGAGUGUGAAGAGAUCAUGAAGUCAAUCGACAAAAUAGCCGGCGAAUUCUCAGAGCGCAGUUCUCAUCUCACCAAGCUGAUUAAAGAGGCAGAGGAGAUGUGUCUGAAGUCUGCCUUUGAACUCCUGCAGGUGAGAUUGUACAAGAAGAUGUGAAAGCCCAGGGAAAUUUGGGCUGGGUGGACAUUCCUCUCUCCUUUUUUUGUUGUUGUUCCCCUCCCCAACAAAAAAAAGGGAAAAUUAAAAAAAUGUUGGUCUAUGACGUGAAAAGGCUACAGCAGAUUUGUUUCAGUCCAGACAAACCUUCUUUUUUUUAGAAGUCGUCAUAAAUUUGGUGGCAAAUAUGAAGCAGAAACUGAUAGCAAUAACACAGAAAAAUGAGACUUUUGUGUUCUCGCACACACACCCCUUUUUGACACUGGAGGAGCUGUAGAGUGGUAGUCAGUGCUAAUCCUACUCAAAGUAGACCCACUGGGAUUAAUGAACAUGGUCAACCUCGGUUCAUUAAUUUCAAUGGGUCUACUCUCGGUAGACGCUAUUUGAAUACAAGCCAUAAUAAUGGUCUUCUUUUUUACUGUAGUGUUGAUGGUCUGUCCUGUUUUCAUUGUUCUGUCUUGAAAGGAAGGUGGGCUGUAAAUGUGCAAAAUGCAUUAAGAGUUAGUACUGAUGAACUGUAAUAAACUUUGAAAAGUGGGGCUGAUCAAUUUAUCUUCUUUCUCCCCCAGGCUAUGGAUCCCUUGCUGAGCAGGUAAGCCCCUGUUUACAGAAUCAUAGAAUUGGAAAGGAUCAUCUUAGUCCCACCCCCUUCAAUGCAGGAAUAUGCAGCUGUCCCAUAUGGGGAUUGAACCUGCAACCUUGGGGUUAUAUCAGCACCCUGCUCUGACCAACUAAGCUAUUUUUCAAGAUUGGGACAGCCCUGCCAUUAGGCAGAUUAAGGCCGCCAUCUCAGGCAGCUGAUUAUGCCAUGAAAGCGAAGCAAUUGCUAGUUUAUUUAAACAGGAAAGGAAUCGGGGAGCAAUACAGGGCAGUGCUUUAUUUUAAAUCAUAUGUUCUUCCAGGUGCAACACAGAAAUAUAUGGGAAACCCAAAGCUGAUCUGAAUAAGAAAGUUGAGUGGCUUAAUGAAAAACUACAGCUGGUGCAGACCAAGUUGUGUGAGCUUUCAGGUAACAGAUUAUGUUUUAACUAGGAUAAUAACAAUCACAUGAGUCAGUCAGGCUCACCCCCAAAAGAGACAGAAGUUGCCACUGCAGAGUUUUAUAUAUAUGGGAGUCCUUCCUCAUCUCACAUAGUGCAUAUCAAUACAGUGGUACCUCACGUUACAAACACUUCAGGUUACAGACUCUGCUAACCCGGAAGUAGUACCUCGGGUUAAGAACUUUACCUCAGGAUGAGAACAGAAAUUGUGCACCAGCGGCAUAGCGGCAGUCCAUUAGCUAAAGUGGUACCUCAGGUUAAGAACAGACCUCCGGAACGAAUUAAGUACGUAACCAGAGGUACCACUGUAUUGGCAGUUCACAAAGCCAGGUCUUGAUCUGCGUCUGUGGUUAAUCCUGAAGUAAUUAGAGCAGAUCCUUAUAAAAAGUCUGUACAAUGGUACCUCGGGUUACAUAUGCUUCAGGUUACAUACGUUUCAGGUUACACACUCCGCUAACCCAGAAAUAGUGCUUCAGGUUAAGAACUUUGCUUCAGGAUGAGAACAGAAAUCGUGCUCUGGCGGCACGGCAGCAGCAGAAGGCUUAAGUGGUGCUUCAGGUUAAGAACAGUUUCAGGUUAAGUACGGACCUCCAGAACGAAUUAAGUACUUAACCCGUGGUACCACUGUAGAAUUAUUCGGAGUACUGGGUCGCAGUAGCAAGACAGCUUAACUAAAGCUACUACUCAGUAUUAGGAGACUCAAACUUUCUUUCUGAGACUGCUUUCCCUCAUAGGGAACGAGGCAGUAAAUAUUAAACAAAUAUCCCCUUAACUCCCAGCAUGACCAGCUAAAAUCUUACCUGCACGAUUGGGACCACAGUUAAAUAUUGCAGCCUUUCUGGUUUCUCCCUUCAAAAAUGAAGAGCAUUCACACACACACACACACACACACACACACACACACGUACGUAUAUAGAGUACACAUCCAGUGUGAACUGUACAUGGUAUCUGAAACUUUGUCUGAGUUUCCCUUCCACCUUUCUCUCCCCAGCACCUCCAAAACUGGCCAGUCCAAGAGCAGGUGAGUUUGCAUCCAUGCCGGAAUGGGAAAGAAGCAUUUGGUCUAGAACCUUCCAUGGGAUAUGAAAGCCGGGCCCCAAUGGCUGGCAUGGUUGGGCACUGUUGCUGAGCAGCAGGUGCCUGCUUUCAGGCGGACGGAAAUUGGGAGGUGCAGCCUCGCAGCCCUUUUGUUUGGCUUCAUGUGCAUGUUCAGACAUUCGUGUUAGACUGAAAUUAACUGAUCAGAGAGGAAUGGGGUGACUGUUGUGUUUUUGAAUCCAGGAGGCGUGCCACAGCAACUCAGUCAGCACAGAUGUACUUCUGUUUUUGUCUAUCCAGCACCUCCCGCAGGUAAAAAAUGUAAAAAAUGGCCUCAUGUGCAUGUUCAGACAUUCGUGUUAGACUGAAAUUAACUGAUCAGAGAGGAAUGGGGUGACGCUUGUAUUUUUGAAUUUAAAUAUUUGGGUGGCCAGUGGCUGAUGGGAAUCUAGCAACAUCCGGAAGGUUUGCCAUCCCUAAGUUCCAUGCUAUUCAGCAAAAUGAGACGAUCCCCUCGCUUGGCCCAUCCUAUGACAAACUGCCUGCUGUACUACUACCUUUGGGCAGUUAACCCAAUGACCUACAUAUGAGUAAUGUACAUUCUUGCCCUGAGCAUAACUCUUGUCCUCAUUUAUGUCUCCUCUUUUUCUUUCGCCAGAACCUUGGGGUCAUUCCCUUACAGUUGACGGUAGGUUUUGACGAUAAGUUUGCAGGUCUAACAACACUGGGUCAUCACAUGUGGUGAAAUAAACGAAUGCAUGCCAUGCCUCUCCUGCCCCCUGGAAGAAAGGCAAAGACACAGCAGUUGUUCAUCUGACAGUUAGCCUUAAGAACACAAUUCAUGCAUUAGUCAAUAAUUAUUGUGAAUGAUUCUUGUAGUUUAAUUAGCAACAAAAUUUCAUUGGUGCAUGAUUAAACAGGCUGUAAGAUCUCUUUGGGACACGGGUGGCGCUGUGGGUUAAACCACAGAGCCUAGGACUUGCUGAUCAGAAGGUCAGCAGUUCGAAUCCCCACAACUGGGUGAGCUCCUGUUGCUCGGUCCCUGCUCCUGCCAACCUAGCAGUUCGAAAGCACGUCAAAGUGCAAGUAGAUAAAUAGGUACCGCUCCAGCAGGAAGGUAAACGGCGUUUCCGUGCGCUGCUCUGGUUCGCCAGAAGCGGCUUAGUCAUGCUGGCCACAUGACCCAGAAGCUGUACGCCGGCUCCCUCGUCCAAUAAAGCGAGAUGAGCGCCGCAACCCCAGAGUCGGUCACGACUAGACCUAAUGGUCAGGGGUCCCUUUACCUUUACCUUUAAGAUCUCUUCUGUUAGCCUUACAGCAGACAUUUUACCCUGUUGUCUUUUCUCCUCCUAGACUAUUAUAUUCCCAAGAAGGGGAAAUCAAAAUGGAUAAGAGGUAAGCUGCUUUCACCAUUUGAUGUCCUGACCUUUCUCUCUUGAGAUAAAAGUUGCUGCAGGGGGAGAUCAAACUGGACUGAGGCCCUGGCAGCAGUGCUGAGGGGUAGAGGAAGCGAGUUAGUCCCUGCCCUGUCAUUCCAGUCUAAACCAACCCCCCCAGCAAGUAAAUAGCUUAAGGGGGACUUAGAUUGGGGAAAAUGGUGUUGUGGAAAGGGCUACAUUAACCAUUUUCCAGCUCAAGGGCCACAGUCUCUUCUAAAGAGCAAUUAGUGCCAGCACCGUCCGUUAAGAGUUUGGGUGGCACAGAUUGCAGCUAUAACAAAGGCGGCAUUUUUCCAUCUCCGCCAAGCUAAGCAGUUGGCUCCUUACCUCUCUCGCCCUGAUCUAGUCACUGUGAUCCACGCGACGGUCACCUGCAGACUGGAUUAUUGUAACUCGCUCUACGUGGGGCUGCCCUUGAGACUGACCCAGAAACUCCAGCGGGUGGAGAAUGCUGCUGCAAGACUCCUUACGGGGUCUUCGCUGCGAGAUCACAUGCACCCGGUGCUAUACCAGCUGCACUGGCUCCCGGUGGAGUACAGGAUCAGGUUUAAGGUGCUGGUUUUAACCUUUAAAGCCUUAUACGGCCUAGGACCCUCGUACCUACGGGACCACCUCUCCUGGUACGUCCCACAGAGAAACUUACGGUCUUCAAAUAAAAACAUCUUGAAGGUCCCAGGCCACAGAGAGGUUAGGCUGGCCUCAACUAGAGCCAGGGCUUUUUCGGCUGUGGCUCCGAUCUGGUGGAACACUCUGUCACAAGAGACUAGGGCCCUGCGGGACUUGACAUCCUUCCGCAGGGCUUGCAAGACAGAGCUGUUCCACCAGGCCUUUGGCCAGGGCACAGCCUGACUCCCUCCUUUGGCAAUCUUCGUGGAGCUCUGGCCCAAUGGUUGCCAGUGGUUUAAUUUGAAUUAAUUUUAUAAGGAAUGAUUUUAGAGUGUUGUGUUGUGUUGUGUUGUGUUGUACUGUUGUACUGUUGUACUGUUUUAUUGUUGUUAGCCGCCCUGAGCCCGGCUUCGGCUGGGGAGGGCGGGAUAUAAAUAAAAAUUUUUAUUAUUAUUAUUAUAAACAGACUUCUGAGGGUCACAUGCCAUGUUGUGGGGGGCCAAAGGCAAAAGUGGGUGAAGCAGCGAGUGUAAAUUUCAUCUUCGUUUCUGCACACACAGCCUCCAGCUUGCAACUCUCACCCUCCAUGUGCCCCUGUAUUCUCACCAUGCAAAUUUGGUUGUAUGAAUUGGCCUACUUUGGUUCUGCAUUCCUUUCCUCCUACAGAAUACAUGCAAUUUGCGAGCACUACCUUACGGAAGUAACGGAUUCUGUUAAGUGUUCGUCUUGUUUGCUUUGUUUUACCACCCGUCUUCCUGUUGUGUUUCAGAAAACGUGGUGUUUGAUCCGGAAACAGCCCAUCCCCGCUAUAUUGUGUCUCCAGAUGGAAAAGCAUUAUGGUGGGGAAAUGUCCGUCAGAACUACCCCUACAGUUCAAUUCGGUUUGAAUAUGCCCGCUGUGCACUUGGAAUGUGGGGAUUCAGCUCAGGGAAACAUUAUUGGACGGUGGAUGUCUGUAAUGUCAACCAUUGGGCUGUGGGCGUAGCCAGAGAGUCUGUGGAGAGGGAUAGGGAAAUUAAUUUUGAACCCUAUGAAGGGAUCUGGGCAGUGGGCUUUAGCCGCCAUGAUCAGUUCAAAGCUCUGACUUCACCUCCUAUCUAUUUGGACCCAGAAGAGGGCCCAGCACAAAUCCAAGUUUCUUUGAACUAUGACGCAGGGAAAGUGUCUUUUUAUGAUGCUGAAGAUAACACCUGCCUCUUUAUUUUUGACUCAAUUGAUUUUGAUGGGGAGGAAGUUUUUCCCUUUUUCCGGAUUGUCGAUUCAUCAGCUUGCCUCCAGCUGUGCUAUUAAAGCACAUGGUCCUUGGCCUGUGCUUUGCCUUUCCUGGGUUCUCUGACGAGUCCAGGUGUUAGUUCCAAAGAGCAGCAGAUAUCCCUUUGGAAGUCUGUACAGGCUGCAAUUUCCAUCCCAGGCUGCUGUCCCACAUUCCCCUUCAACAAAGGACCAUGGUGUUUUGGCUUGACUGUGCAGAUGAUUGCUUUAUAAUCCAGUACAGAAAAGGAGCACCACAGUAUUGCAAAUAAUGUUACUUUAAUUUUGCACCCUCUCGGUGGUGCCAAUGGGGGAUUUCCUCCCAGUGCAGAUAGCAGCUUCAGAGGAGGGAUUAUACUUGGGACCAAAGCAAAGGGUUAAAUCCCCCACCACUUUUUUGGGAUUCAAAUAAUCAUUAGCUUCUCUCUGUAUUUUGCAGCUUUGCAAACCUGCAUUUUAAUGCUAAAUAAACCAAAUAUUGUCUAUUUUUGACCCUUAAUCUUCCCAUAUAUUAACUCUGCUAUUUGUUAGCAUAGAACUGUAGCUUUUUACUUUUAAUGAACUUAUGAUUUGCUGUCGCCGUUGCAGUCUUUAAUCAUUUCAUUAAUCUUUCAAUAAAGUUUUUUUU